AGCUGGGUAUUUUCCUCACUGACACAGGGAUUUGGACCUGCUCUGCCCUGUCAGAUGCAGACAUGAUGCUCCUGCUGCUGCUGCUGCUGCUGCUGCCUCUGCUGUGGGGUGGGUCCCUGCAGGAGCAGCCAGGCUAUGAGCUCCAAGUACAGGAAUUGGUGAGGGUGCACAAGGGUCUGUGUGUCCAGGUGCCCUGCUCCUUCUCCUACCCAUGGAGUUCAUCUUAUUACUCUACCAACCUCUACUGGUACCGGAAAAGGAACAACACACAUGAUGAUGAACUUGUGGCCACAAACAACCCAUAUAAACCAGUGAAAAGAGAUACCUGGGGACGAUUCCAUCUUCUAGAGUCCAGCACCAACAACAUUUGUUCCCUGAAGAUCAGAGAUGCCAAGUACACUGACACAGGAACCUACGUCUUCCAAGUGGAGAGGGGAAGAGUGAAAUAUACGUACCAAGAUAAGAAGCUGAAUUUGCAGGUGACUGACAAACCAGACAUCUUCAUUCAGGAGCCUCUGCAGGCUGGCCGCCCCACACAGCUGACCUGCAGCCUGCCAGAGUCCUGUGAAGUGGGAAGACCUCUCACCUUCUCCUGGACGGGAGCUGCUGUUGACUCUCUGAACCCCCAGAACCUCCACUCCUCAGUGCUCACCUUCACCCCGAGGCCCCGGGACCAUGGCACCAACCUCACCUGUCAGGUGAAAUUGCAAUGGCCUUGGGUGACUACAGAGAGAACCAUCUGGCUCAAUGUCUUCUAUGCCCCAAGGAGCCUCACCAUAGGCGUGUCCUCCACAAAUGUCACAGCAUUCAAGAUUCUGCAAACCACAUCCUUUCCCAUCCUGGAGGGCGAGGCUCUGCAGCUGCUCUGUGUGGCUGACAGCAACCCCCCUGCACAGCUGAGCUGGUUCCGUGGGUCCUCAGCCCUGAACACUGCCCCCAUCUCCAGCACAGAGAUCCUGGAGCUGCCUCGAGUGGGGACUGGGGAAGAAGGACAGUAUACCUGCCAAGCUCAGCACCUGCUGGGCUCCCAAAGUAUUUCUGUCAACCUGUCUGUGGUCUACCCCCCACAGCUGCUGGGACCCUCCUGCUUCUGGGAGGAUGAGAAUCUGAACUGCAGCUGCUCCUCUCGAGCUCAGCCGACCCCCUGGGUGGGCUGGCGGCUGGGGGAGGGGCUGCUGGAGGGGAACCACAGCAAUGCCUCCUACAUGGUCACCUCCAGUUUUGAGGGGCCCUGGGCCAACAGCUCCCUGAGCAUCCGCGGAGGGCUCAGCGCUGGCCUCAGACUCAGCUGUGAGGUGGAGAAUGUCUACUGGACCCAGAGCUCCAGUGUCCUGCUGCUGCCAGGGAGAUCACUGUGCAUAUCAAGGGUGGUUCCUGCGGCUCUUGGAGGUGCUGGUGCCAUGGCCCUGCUGUUUCUAUGCUUGUGCCUCAUCUCCUUUUGCAUAGUGAAAUUCCUCAGGAAGCACACAGGCAGGAGACAAAAGGUCAUGAAUGAUGAAGGCGCUGUCAUGGGCAUAGUCCCUUGGGUAAGUGAUCGUUCCCAGCAAAAUCCACAGGCAGACAGGCCCCCAGACCAAGAGUUGCCCAUGGGGGAUGCUUCCCCAUCAGGAGAGGAGCAGGAUACCCAGUACGCCAACCUCACCUUUCAUGGAAGAAAGCUGUGUGAGGCUCAGGACAAGGAGGCCACCAGCACCUGUGUGUACUCAGAGAUCAAGAAGACAGGCCAGUGAGGACUCGCUCAGAGCUUGGUCUUGGCCAGAGAUGUCACAGCCUCUGUGAGGGAAAGAAGUCAGGAACUAACUGAUGAAACAUGAGGAGAUCUCAUGCAACAUUAACAUUAACCACUGUAAGAGCAUCUGCAGGCAGAGCAGAAAGAAGCAGGGUGACGAGAAUGGAGAGACAUGGGCUCAAGUGCAGACUUCAGCAUUUCCUAAGACAUUGUCUUCAAGUGAGUCACUUCCUUUUUUCCCCCUCAGUUUCCCUUCUGUACAGCAGACAUCAUACACGCUACUCAAAGGCAGCUGUGAGAAUUAAAGAAAUCACAACCAACAGAG